AUGGCGGACACCGGCAGUAUGGAGGAAGAGGAUAUGGGAAGGAAACGGAAAGCUCACGGAAUGUUGAAGCUGUAUUAUGGUAUGACGGAGGAAGGAAAGAGCGGUGAGAGGCUGCUGGAUCCCACCGACAUUGAUGGCGUUCACUUCAACCCAGACAUGUAUCUGACUAAGUUGAGAAAAGAGAGCUCUCUAGCAGAGUUGAUGGAUGUUGAAGCUGACAUGGUUCGUCAGAUACGCGCUUUGGACAGUGAUAUGCAGACCUUGGUCUAUGAGAACUACAAUAAGUUCAUAUCCGCUACAGAUACCAUUCGUAAAAUGAAAAAUGAUUUUAAAAAGAUGGAGGAUGAGAUGGAUGGACUGGCAGCUAACAUGGCAGUAAUCACUGAAUUUAGUGCCCGCAUCAGCAGUACCUUGCAGGAGAGACACCAACAUAUUACCAAGCUUAGUGGUGUGCACACCCUCCUGCGCAAACUGCAGUUCCUGUUUGAACUCCCUGCUCGACUGAAGAAGUGCAUUGAAAUGGGUGCUUUUUCCCAGGCUGUGUCAUAUCAUACCAAAGCCAAAAGUGUACUCCAGCAGUAUCAGCACAUGCCUUCCUUCCAUGGCAUCCAAACAGAUUGCCAGGCAAUCGUGGCAGGCUUGGCAGACACACUACGCCAAAGAUUCAGGGAUCCUUCUUCUUCCCCCCAGGACCUAUCUGAAUGUAUUGAAUUGCUUUUGAGUCUGGAGGAGCCAGCUCACCUGCUUUGUGAUGAGUUUCUAGCUCAUGGACGUGGACGUUUGGCUUCUCACCUCUCUGAUCUGGAGGGGGCCAGCGACAUUCUGAAUUUGUUGACCGGGGCUGUGGUGGAUUUAUUAGUGACGCCUGUCUUCUAGCAGCUUCUUACCAGAGUCUGUUCUGUAAAGAUCCAGGGAGCACAGCACAGAUGGCUGAGCGGAAGCUUACCACAUUCCUAGAUGAGCUCAGUGAAGGCUACUUUGAAAUAGUUGAGAAGCGGUUGCGAGAGGAAAAGAGUCCAGGAGACAACUCGCUCUUAGUCCGGGCACUGGACAGAUUCCAUAGACGGCUCCAGGCACCUUCCAAGCUGGUACCGGGGUGCAGUUUUAAUCGGAGAGGAACGGAGAUUGUGGUUAGAGCAGCACAGGAGCGGCUGGCUCAGUACCUACAGGCUUUAAAAGACUUUUUCCAGGGAUGUAUAACUGACGUUCGACAAGCACUUGCAGCUCCAAGAGUUCCUGGGAAAGAAGCUCCAGCAUUGGGUGAACUACUAGCCAUGCUUUCUGGGUCUGUUUUAAACCAGAUUAAAUCUGUUUUGGCCUCAGUGCACCUAUUCACAGCUAAAGAUGUGGCUUUCUCAGACAAACCAUACUUUAAGGGUGAAUUCUGUAGUCAAGGUGUCCGGGAAGGACUGAUUGUAGCUUUCAUCAAGUCUGUGUGCCAGACAGCGCGACAGUUCUGUGACUCCCCAGGUGAAAAGAGUGCCAAUACACCACCACUGCUCUUGUUACUUCUCUCUCGCCUCUGCUUGGACUAUGAGACCUCAACCAUCAGCUACAUACUGACCUUGACAGAUGAACAGUUUCUGGGCCUGGACCACUCUCCAGUCACUCCCGUCAGCACGCUAUGCUCAUUGGCUCGCUCCACCGCUCAGACUCUGCUCAAUCAGUAUGUGAAGUCUCAGGGUCUAGUUGUUUCUCAGAUGUUGCGCAAGAGUGUUGAGACUCGGGACUGGGUGAUGACCAUAGAACCACGGAAUGUCCGGGCAGUUAUGAAGAGAGUAGUGGAAGAUAUUACUAGUGUUGAUGUACAGGUGGGUCUACUGUAUGAGGAAGGAGUGCGGAAAGCACAUAGUAGUGAUUCCAGUAAACGCACCUUCUCUGUGUAUAGCAGCUCACGUCUGCAGGGGAGAUAUGCACAGAGCUACACCCCCAGUGCACCCCUGGACACCAGCCUUCUAAGUAACAUCCAGAAGUUAUUCUCAGAGAGAAUAGACAUAUUUAGCACUGUGCAGUUUAACAAGGUUUCCAUCCUUACUGGUAUUAUAAAAAUCAGCCUGAAGACGUUCCUGGAGUGUGUCCGCUUACGCACAUUUGGCCGCUUUGGUCUGCAGCAAAUACAAGUUGAUUGUCACUACCUGCAGUUGUAUCUGUGGCGAUUUGUCAGUGAUGAAAAUCUAGUCCAUUGCCUCUUAGAUGAGGUGGUGUGCAGUGCAGCUCAUCGGUGUUUGGAUCCUGCGCCCAUGGAGCAGAGUGUAAUAGACGUCAUCUGUGAGCGAGGCUAA